CCCACCAACAACCCACUCGCCAUGUCUCGGUUUUUCACUGCCAGCGACAGCUCCAGCGAGAGCUCCUCCGAAGAGGAACUCUAUAGCGACCAGGAAGCAGCCGAGUCCGAAGAAGAGUCCUCCUCCGAGGACAGCGACGAGGACAGCGAUGACUCGUCGAGUAGUGACGAUGGAGGGAAGACUGGCGCCAACAAGUUCUUGCGCGAGGCGUCUGAAGAAGAGGACAGUUCUGACGAAGAGCGGGUCAAGAUAGUUAAGAGUGCGAAGGACAAGCGGUUCGAGGAGUUGGAGGGCACAAUACGGUUGAUUGAGAACGCGGAAAAGAUCAACGAUUGGGCUGUUAUCUCUGAACAGUUUGAAAAGCUGAAUCGCCAAGUCCCCGCCCUCAUCAAGCAGAAUGAUGGCAAGCCCCCAAAGCUUUACAUCAAGGCGAUUGCCGACCUCGAAACCGUUAUGCUGGAGACUAUCGAGAAACAGAAAGUCUCACCCAAGAAAAUGAACGCAAUCAAUACCCGAGGCUUGAAUGCUGUCCGACAGCGUAUUCGCAAGAACAAUAAAGACUACGCCAAGGAUAUUGAUUCAUAUCGCGAGAACAAAGAGGAGUUCAUGCGCGAGGAGGUCGUCGAGGUUAGAGUCCCUACCAGGUCAAGGAGCACCAUCCGGGAGGCAGGCGAGGUCCCUACCGGUGACGAUGACGAGGGUUUCACCAUGGUCGGUGCUGGUGGAAGGGCCAUGCAAUACACCCCCGAAAGCAUUCUCAAGCACCUACGGACGAUUGUCGAAGCCCGAGGCAGGAAGAACACCGAUAGGCUGGACCAAAUCCGGACUAUGGAGAAGCUCCGUGAAGUGGCCGUCAACGACUACCAGAAGAUUCGAGUGUUACUAACCCUGAUUCCUACCCGGUUCGACCUUACUUCUGGAACUGGAAAUCAGAUGUCCCAAGAGCAAUGGAAGCUCGCCCAGAAUGAGUUUUCCCAGCUUCUGGAGAUUCUAGAGUCCACCGAAGAGAUCGUUGUGAUCGAGAACGCCGAGGAAUGGGAGGAUGAUGAGAAAUUACCUCCUAUCACCGAAGGAGAGAUUUUCCGCAUUCCCGGCAGCGUCGUCUCUUUCGUGGAGAGACUCGACGAUGAGCUCACCCGGUCAUUGCAACACAUCGAUCCUCACACUGCUGAAUACGUAGAGCGACUCACGGAUGAGGCUGCCCUUUAUACAAGCAUCGUCCGUGCGCUGGUUUACGUUGAGACGCUGAAGAAGAACCCCAAACUCGACCAGAACCAAGAAAGCUUAAACCGUGUUGUAUCACGCCGCUUGGAACACGUUUAUUUCAAGCCUUCCCAGGUCGUCACAAUUCUCGAGUCCAACACUUGGAAAGCUAUUCCGGCCGAGCUGGAUUCAUCCGUGACCCCUCGCGCUAUCUCCAACGACACCGCCUCCCUCGUCCAAACUCUGUGCACCUACCUGUUCCAAAACAGCGAGGGCAUCAUCCGAGCUCGUGCAAUGCUGUGCCAAGUGUACUUCCUUGCUCUGCAUGACCAGUACUACAAGGCGCGUGACAUGAUGUUGAUGUCCCAUCUUCAGGAGACUAUCAGCAACUUUGACGUCAAUACCCAGAUUCUCUUCAAUCGCGCAUUAGUCCAAGUCGGUCUUUGCGCCUUCAGGGCUGGUCUGGUUUAUGAAGCACAGAACUCUCUCCAGGAGAUUUGCGGCAGCAACAGGCAAAAAGAGCUUCUUGCUCAGGGUCUUCAAAUGCAACGGUACUCUCAGAUAUCUCCAGAACAGGAACGGCUGGAGAGGCAACGACAACUUCCCUUCCACAUGCACAUCAACCUGGAGCUGCUGGAAUGCGUUUACCUGACGUGCUCCAUGCUUCUUGAGAUCCCUCUCCUCGCACAGAUCGGCUCGUCGCCUGACAUCAAAAAGCGAGUCAUCAGCAAGACCUACCGCCGACUUUUAGAGUACCAUGAGCGCCAGAUCUUCACCGGCCCGCCAGAAAACACUCGCGACCACGUCAUGCAGGCAUCCAAGGCUUUAGCUGCUGGCGAGUGGAAGAAAUCGGCCGAGUUCAUUAAUUCAAUCAAAAUCUGGGAGCUGAUGGCCAACUCGGAGAAGAUCAAGGACAUGCUGUCCGCCCAGAUUCAGGAAGAAGGUCUACGAACCUAUCUCUUCACCUACGCUCCUUACUACGACACCCUCUCCAUCUCCUCACUAGCAGCCAUGUUCGAGCUUGAGGAGCGCAAAGUCUCGGCCGUGGUCAGCAAGAUGAUCUCUCACGAGGAACUUGGUGCCGCUCUUGACCAGGUCAACAGCGCCAUCAUUUUCCGCAAGGGCGUUGAGCUAUCCAGGCUACAGAGUCUUGCUCUAAGCUUGAGCGACAAAGCCAGCGGCCUCAUUGAGGCAAACGAGAAGACACUCGAGCAGCGGACACAGGGCACAGCGAACGCGUUUGAGCGCCAAGGCGGGCGUGGACGUGGCGGACGCGGUGGAGGACGUGGCGGUGGACAGCGAGGAGGCGGAGGUGGACGCGGUGGAGGGAACAGGAAUCAGCAGUUCACGGGCGGUGCGUUGGGCAGGGCUAUCCAGGCAUAAAGGGAGGCGGUUUCUUGGGGUUUUCGGAGUUCAGCAUCUGUCUUUCUUCUAAUUAGGUGGACGAUGCAUGAGAUGAAUCGUCUGCUUGUGUUGUGAUAAGGGAAGAGUCAUAGGGAUGAUGAUGCCAAAAAUAAAUAUUCAAGUUCACAAUCAGAGCUAUGGGUGUUGAGUGUUUUGUCUACAUUGAACAUGAUGAAUCUAGUUUACAUGGGUUGUAU